CUCCAUGAUCCAGUUCCACCGCGGGUGGAACUGCUCCCCGAACACCAUGCCUGGAUCCUUUCUCUUUUGCCUCCUCUCUGCUCUCUUAACUACAGGGAGCUCUCUCAUCUGUGAGGUGUGUCAAGCUAGACAAACCUCCUGCUCAGGAAAUCUACAAACUUGCAAAGAUUCGGAAGAUGUGUGCACUACGAUUGUAGGAGAAUAUAAGAUUGCGGGACGGACCUUCCCGAGAACUUUCAAAGACUGCGCCACCACAUCUCUGCUCUGUAACUUCGUCCCCUUCAGCAUGACAUACCGGCCGAGCUUCUCCAUGCGAACGAGCUUUAACUGCUGCAGUACUGAUGGGUGCAACUCGGAGCAAACUGAACUGCCUGCAGUCCCCAGGACACCGAAUGGCUUCCAAUGCCCAUCCUGUUUAGCGCUCGGAGUCUCUCAGUGCCGAAACAUGGAUACUUUGCUGUGCUCUGGAAACGAAGACCAUUGUUUUGAAAUUACGGGAACGUUGAUGAUAAACAAUAUGAAUUUCACCAAGGCGUCUGCUGGCUGUGCCACUGCUGGGACCUGUUCUAAAAAAGUUGGUGUCCAUCAGUAUACCAAGGAUAUAGUGGAUAUUUUGACCCAAGUGAAGUGUUAUCCUGCAAUCCCGGCUGGAAGUACCAGAACAGAGCUGUGAUGGAUCCGCCCGUCUUCUGUCUUCCACUAACAGCAUCACCGCAAGACAGUCCCAUUCUUUCCUGAGGACUAGAGUUGUGGUCAGAUUUUAUCCUCUGGGAUAAAAGGACUGCACAUUGCAGUCCUCCCCCCACUUCUUAUAUUUAAUAAAGUAUUUCAAAAAAAUAAUUUAAAAGAUGACUUAAUCCUUUGUGUCUAAUUUGUUUUACUGAAAAUAUUCAUAUCUGCCUAAGAGUUCUCCCCAUGGACAGAGACAGGUAAAACAUGGAUGCAGUAGAGAGAGAUUAUCCUCUUUACAACAAAACCCAAAUUAGUUGCCACACCAGAAAAUUUUCCUAUUCUUGAAAAAAGGCUCUUGAUCUUUAAAAAAAAAUUACCAACAAAACAAAAAGCUUGUUUUUCAAAAACAAAGAAGU